AUGGCUCUCAGACUUCCGGGCAGCAUCAUGACCCCUUUUCAAUUCUGGGACUUCCUGCUUGCAAAAAAAGAUGCCAGAUCUCUCGUGCCAGACACUCGGUACAACAUUUCAGCUUACCACACCGGUCUCGGGAAACCCGGCGAAGUCAAAAGUGAGUAUGGUUACUUCCUCGACGAUUCGGUCGAUAUUGGCGCCCUGGACACAACCUUCUUCAACAUGGCCAAAACCGAAAUGGAUCCGCUGGACCCGCAGCAGCGUCAACUGCUUGAAGUGGUUCGGGAAUGCUUUGAAAGUGCUGGCGAACUAAAUUAUCAAGGCAAGAACAUCGGCUGUUUCGUGGGCACGUUCGGCGAAGACUGGGCGGAGUCUUUUGCCAAAGACCAACAAACCUAUGGCCUGUACAGAAUCUCUCGCUCCUUUUCCAGUCCCAGCAUGACCAUUCGCACUGGAUGCUCUUCGUCUCUCAUUGGACUGCACGAGGCGUGUGGUGCCAUUGCUAGAGGUGACUGCACUUCAGCUAUUGUGGGCGGUGCCAACAUGAUCCUUGGCCCUAGCUUGACGCAAGCUAUGACAGAACAAGGCGUGCUCUCCCCUGAUGGAUCCUGCAAAAGUUUUGAUGCAGAAGCGAAUGGGUAUGCCCGUGCAGAAGCAAUCAACGCUGUUUAUGUGAAACCUCUUGAGGAUGCCCUACGCGACGGAAACCCCAUCAGAGCUGUCAUCAGAGGCACAUCGUCCAAUUCCGACGGCAAGACGAUAGGUAUCUCCCAGCCUAGUGCUGCGAGCCACGAAGACAUGAUGAGAAAGGCAUAUAGCUUGGCAGGUAUCGAAACUCUCUCCGACACGGCGUAUAUCGAAUGCCAUGGCACAGGCACAGCCAUUGGCGAUCCGAUCGAGACAAGUGCUGUGGCAAAUGUCUUUGGCGAACAGGGUGUGUACAUUGGCUCCGUGAAACCCAACGUUGGCCAUUCGGAAGGAGCGUCAGGCCUUACGUCGUUGAUCAAGGCCGUCUUGAGUCUGGAAAAUCGUACUAUUCCACCAAACAUCAAAUUCAACAAGCCGAAUCCACGCAUCGCAUUUGGGGCAAGGAAACUCAGGGUUCCUGUCGAUCCUGUUCCUUGGCCGGAAGAUCGCUGUGAACGGGCUGGUGUCAACUCUUUCGGCAUUGGAGGCGCCAAUGCGCAUGUGGUGCUCGAGUCGAAGGAUUUCUACCUAGGUUCAGCGCCCCUAGUAUCCAAGGCAGCUCCUCAGCCCAGGAUCUUGGUCUACCUUGCCAACACGCCCGAUUCUUUGCGCAGGCAGGUGGUAAACCAUCAACAAUACCUCAAGGAACGUCCUGAAUGCUUACACGAUCUGUCGUACACACUCGGAGCACGUCGGGAACACCUCGUGCAUCGCGCAUAUUCGGUUGCAGGUGUCUCCGCUGAACCAAAGUGCUCUCCGUUCACUAAGGCGCCUAGCUCGGCUCCAAAGCUCGUCAUGGUCUUCACAGGGCAGGGAGCCCAGUGGCCUCAGAUGGGUCGUGAACUCUUCCAGUCAAAUGCCGCUUUCGCACAUUCCAUCAGCACAACGGAGAAGUACCUGAGCACAUUACCAGACGCACCCAGCUGGCAGAUCUCGGACGAGCUCUGCAAGUCGUCCAAGGAGAGCAACCUUCACAAAGCCUCCUACUCACAGCCGCUUUGUACAGCAGUCCAGGUAGCAUUGGUCGACGCUCUUACCGUCCUGGGAGUCGUUCCUGCCGCUGUGGUUGGCCAUUCUUCUGGGGAAAUGGCUGCUGCAUAUGCAGCAGGUCGCCUCACAGCAAGGGAAGCAAUCAUUGCGGCCUACUAUCGCGGCGUCGUCUCUGGUCAAGUGACCCGCGAUGGUGGCAUGGCGGCUAUCGGACUAGGCUGGGACGAGACGUCCGAGCACCUUGUCGAUGGUGUCGUGAUUGCGUGUGAAAACUCGCCGUCUAGUGUCACAAUCUCAGGAGAUGCUGAUCGAGUCAAAGAGGUUCUCUCAAGCAUUCAGAAGGCACAUCCCAAUGCCCUCGCGCGUCCCUUGAAAGUCGACAAAGCAUACCAUUCUCACCACAUGAAGGAGGUGGGGUCGACAUAUCGUCAAUUGGCGAAAGGUCAUGCUCUGGGAACCUCAACUGGCACCAAGGUUGACUUCUUCUCCAGCGUGACUGGUCAGCUGCUCGACGAUGCCCAGUUGCUUGACGCCGCCUAUUGGCAAGCAAAUCUCGAGUCACCGGUCCUCUUCCGCACUGCGAUAGCCAAUCUCGUUGCGCACGCCAGGCUCGAAAGCAAGGACAAUCUCAUGAUCUUGGAGGUCGGGCCACACUCUGCGCUAGCUGGACCUCUCCGACAGAUCCUUGCACGAGAGUCUGCCGGAAGCUCAUAUGCGUCAUGUAUGACACGCGGACAAGACUGCACAACAUCCUUUUUGUCCGCCAUGGGAGAGCUAUAUCUGCAGAACAUAACCUUGGACUUUGAAGCUCUCACCAACCCAGACGCUACUGCUCAGGUCCUGACUGAUACUCCACCAUAUCCAUGGCAACAUGACCGCUCACUACUAUUCGAAACACGUCUGUCUAAAGAGUGGCGGUUCCCCAAAUUUCCCAAGCAUGAACUACUCGGUGUUCGCGUCGCAGAGAGCACCUCCACCGAGCCAGCAUGGCGCAAUGUCCUGAUUCUCGACCAUGUCCCCUGGAUCCGAGAUCACAACAUCAAAGGCGACGUCGUCUACCCCUGCGCUGCGUAUGUUGCCAUGGCUGGAGAGGCCGUCAGGCAGCUCAACGAAGAACAGUUUGGCGGAUACAGCUUGCGCAAUGUUAUCGUCAGUACUGCUAUGGUGCAUAAUGACACAAAAUCGAUGGAAAUAAUGACGAGCCUCAAAAGACACAGGCUGACCGACACUCUUGACAGCGCCUGGUGGGAAUUUACUAUCAGCUCUUAUAAUGGAAGUGCUUGGAUCAAACACUGCAGCGGGGAAGUCUGCUCCCAGAAUGGUGAAGGUUCCGGCUCAUCAUUCGAGCGGCCACGCCGUAUGUCUCGUAAAGUCUCCCCUGCAAAAUGGUACGAGUCGUCUCGCCACGUCGGUGCCAACUAUGGACCGCUGUUUCAGGGCUUGAAAGAGAUCUCGACAUCUACCACGGAUAACUUGGCAAGCUCACGGGCAGUUGUCACGACCACUGGCAGGACCGAUGUCUAUUCAGUUCAUCCCACUCAAAUCGACGCCUUCUUGCAGCUUCUUGGUAUCGCUGCUGCCAAAGGUGUGAACCGGUCUUUCAAACACCUGGCUCUUCCUACUUAUGCAGAGCAGAUUGAUGUUUGCAGCACGCCAGCCGACUUUGACAUCACAACGUCGGCCAAGUACAACCUCAACGGAUCAAUUUUGGGCGAUGGUUACGGCCUUGGGACGAAUGGUAGCCUUGCUCUGAGGAUGAAAGGCGUCAAGCUGAGUCCCCUGGAGGGUGAAGAAUCAUUGGGUAACAAUGACCGACAUGCUGCAGGCAGGCUCAACUGGAAACCAGAUAUCGACUUUCUCGAUUGCGCUGACCUUAUCCAGCCAUACAGCGGACGGGCGGAAGAGAUGCUCCCCUUCUUUGAACUGACGGCUCUUUGCAUCGAGGAAACACUCGAUAGAGUUUCGCAAGUACCAUCUCGUCUUCCGCAUUUGGAGAAAUUCCGUUCCUGGAUGAAGGCGCACCCUAAGAGCACAGGCGGGCCCUCCGAUCGGGUGGCUAAGAUCCAAGCACUUGUUGCCGAAGUAUCUGAAACUGCAGCCGCUCCUGUGGCGGAAGCGAUACUGAAGGUCAUGGAGAAUGCACAAGCCGUGUUCAACGGGACGACUGAGCCACUUGAAUUUCUUAUGGCUGAUCAGACAUUGACCCAGCUAUACAACUACAUGGACGGUGGAUGUGACCGCUCCGCUUUCAUGCAAGCCUCAGGACACAGCAACCCGAAACUUCGGAUCCUUGAAAUCGGCGCUGGAACCGGUGGUACUAUCGCCACUAUCCUCUCUAAUCUUCAGAGCCGAGAUGGAGGUCAUCUGAUGUACUCAAACUAUACCUAUACCGAUAUCUCGGCUGGAUUCUUUUUGGCUGCAAAGGAUCGGUUUAAGAGCUGGCCUAACAUUGAAUUCGCCACGCUUGACAUCUCCCAGGACCCAGAGGCCCAGGGUCUCAAAACUGCAUCAUAUGACCUGGUCCUGGCGACAAAUGUGCUUCAUGCUACUCCAAAUUUGCAUGAAACCUUGGCCAACGUGCGGAAGCUGAUCCGUCCUGACGGACGGCUGCUGUUGCAAGAAUUGUCCGCAGCCUGCAAGUGCUGGAACUUCGUGAUGGGCGUGCUCCCUGGCUGGUGGCUUGGUGCAGGCGAUGGCAGGGCGGAUGAACCAUGUGUCUCUCCACAGCGUUGGGAGGAUGAGCUUAGAGAAGCAGGGUUCGACGGGCUGGACGCGGUGGUCUUUGAUGCAAGAGAGCCACUGCAGAUCAAUGCGCUGAUGAUGGCGAAACCCAUCGAAGCCGCUCCAAUCUCACCAAGAGACAUUACAGUAUUGUGCGACCACAGCAGCCAAAGCCUGGCGCAAAAUCUGAAGUCAGAACUUGUUUCGGCCGGACGUCAUGUGGUUGUUUGCGGUCUGGAAGAUACAAUACCCGACGAUCGGGAUAUUGUUGCGCUGCUUGACCUUGAACAACCCUUCUUUGCUAAUAUAAGAGAGGCCAAGUUCGACCAAUUCAGAGCUUUUGUCUCACAUCUGAGGAUGAUGUGCAAAGAUCCUCGGUUCGCUCAAAGUCUCGGAGCAGCACGGGUUAUUCGCAACGAAUUCUCUCUUGAUUUUGCAACUUGCGAGAUCGACCAUCCAGAUGACUCUUUGGCACCCUUCAUGGCGGUCCUUUCUAAAUUUCAAAGCCGCCGUGAGGAUGAGAGCUUUCAGCCGGAGCAGGAAUAUGCCAUUGUGAAUGGAGAAGUUUAUGUCCCUCGGUUCUACCCCUUUCUUCUGAAGGAAGAUCCUCUUGCUCUGGGGACCUCAGAAGUUGCAGCUGGCCCUGUGGAGCUCGCUGUCGGAAAGUAUGGGCGUCUGAGUACUAUGAAAUUGGUUUCCAGGCCGAUUCGGCCCUUGGACGAUAGUGAGGUCGAGAUUGAAACCCAGAACGUCGGAAUGAAUUUCAAGGACGUCCUCAUUGCCAUGGGUAUAGUGCCAUCAUCUGUGGCUGGCUUCGGCAUCGAGGCUGCUGGUAUUGUACGCGGAGUUGGAAGCAAAGUUGAGCACGUACGCGAGGGCGACAGGGUUUUCACCAUGGGUGGCGCGUGCUUCUCAUCGUCACUCCUCGUGUCUGCUACGCUAUGUGUCAAGAUACCGGACUCUCUGAGCUUCGAAGACGCGGCUACUAUGCCAUGUGUCUAUGCAACAGUGAUACACUCACUUCUCGACGUUUCAAGGGUUGAGAAGGGACAGUCAGUCCUCAUCCAUUCGGCCUGCGGAGGCGUCGGUCUUGCUGCCAUUCAAAUAUGCAAAAUGAUUGGUGCUGAAAUAUAUGCAACGGUUGGCAGUGACAACAAGGUCGAGUUUCUCAUCGACAACUAUGAAAUACCCCGCGACCACAUAUUCCAUUCCAAGGACACAUCCUUCCGCGACGACGUGCUGAGGAUGACAGAAGGCGCUGGGGUUGAUGUCGUCCUGAACUCCUUGUCUGGCGAACUUCUGCAUACUUCCUGGGAUUGUGUUGCCGAAUUUGGCACGCUGCUGGAGAUCGGGAAAAGGGACUUCAUCGGCAACGGACGGCUUGCAAUGAAUCCAUUUGAGCUCAACAGGAACUACUGCGGCAUCGAUCUUGGUCAUCUGCUGGAACGCAAGCCAGCAUCAGUUUUCAGAUUGCUGAACAAGAUUGUCAAAUAUUACGAGCAAGGCUACAUUCAACCAAUCAAGCCGAUCAAGACUUUCCAAGCGAGUGCUGUUGAAGAAUGCUUUCGAUACAUGCAGAAAGGCCAGCACAUCGGGAAGAUUGUUGUCUCCAUGACCGCCACCAGCAAACAAGAGCAGUUGCUGCCAAGUGAGUCGCAAACAGACGUCACUUUCGACAGCGACGCUUCCUACCUGCUUGUCGGAGGCUUGGGCGGUCUCGGUAAAGCAGUCUCAACAUGGAUGGUGGAGAGAGGAGCCCGCCAUUUGAUCUACCUCUCUCGAAGCGCUGGAAAGAGCGCGGAGGACCAAGACUUCAUCCACGAAUUGCAGGAGCAGGACUGUGUGGCAACGGCCGUCCAAGGAAAUGCUGCGAACGAAGACGACGUUGCGAAGGCUGUGCAAUCGGCAACAAAAUUGAAAGGUAUUCUGCAAAUGUCAAUGGUGCUCCGAGAUCGCCAGUUGUCGAGAAUGACUUUUAGAGAAUGGAAUGCCGUGGUGAUGCCAAAAGUGCAAGGGACCUGGAAUUUGCACAAUCUCACAAUUGGCAAGAAGCUGGAUUUCUUCGUCAUGUUCAGUUCCAUCUCCGGCAUCAUGGGGCAACAUGGUCAGUCCAACUACGCUUCCGCGAAUACAUUUCUCGACGCCUUCGUCCAAUAUCGUCACAGCAAAGACAUGGCUGCAUCGUCCAUGGACAUUGGAGUCAUGGAAGACGCUGGCUAUGUCGCAGAAAAUCCAGCCAUGCUUGAGGGCAUGCGUGCGGCCGGCUUCCAUACGAUCCGCGAAUCCGAGCUGUUGGAUGCUCUGAUAAUGGCAAUAUCAGCGGGCCGAUCAUGUGCAACCGAAAUGAGCGAUAAGAGUUACACCAACAACGGUCAAUUCGUCCUGGGCUUGCGCUCAUCUAAACCGUUAUCCGAUUCGGCGAAUCGUGUCCUUUGGCGGAGAGAUCGCCGGGCCGCCGUCUAUCAUAACGAGAGCAGUGUCGAAGGGGCAAUGGCUGCAUCUACGACUUCCAAUAAAUUGAGGGAAUUCUUGGCUUUGUGCACGGUGAAUCCGGAGAUACUACAUGACAAGACAAACGUUACUUUCCUCGCGCAACAGAUCGGACUGCGGCUCUAUGAUAUGGUAAUGAAGCCGGUGGAAGACGAAACAACAAUUGACAUAUCUCUGUCGGUACAAGACCUCGGACUUGACAGUCUCGUGGCCAUUGAAAUGAAGACAUGGUGGAAGCACACAUUUGGAUUCGAUAUAAGUGUGCUGGAGAUGCUCGGCAUGGGAAGUGUACUUGCACUGGGUGAGCAUGCGGCACAAGAUUGUACUGCUUUGUGAGGUGUAGCCUGACUUGAAGCUUCCGCAUACCACGUGUGAACGACAUUAAGUCUGUAUCAAUCCUGCUUAGCUGUCAUACCUUGCAAGGGUAACAAAAUAUGUGGUGUGUUCCAGACAGAUAAGAAACCGGCCACGGGAUAGCAUGGCUCGUAUUCAGGUUCAGCAACCGGCCAGCAGAAGAGAGAGAGAGAGAGAGAGAGAGAGAGAGAGAGAGAGAGAGAGAG